UAGAGGAGGGUAGGAGAUCAACUUUAUCCGGGAACAACCAUAGCUGAAUUUAGGGUUGAGAGAUAAUAAGGCGUUAGUUAUCGAUUGUGUUGUUGCUUAAUGGCUAGCCACUGUCAUUCGUGAGUCUAGACAACGCAACGUGAUCGAAUAAUCGAGUUGUGCCAGUGCACGAGCUUCCUUCCUUGCGACCGAACUGCAGAGUCCGUCCUGAGAAGAGCGGAUAAAGUUUAUUACGGAUUUGACUCAACCCUCUGUUGACACUGAUUUUUGAGAUUAUUUGGUGUAACAGUCGGACACUAGCUAAACAGGAUAUCAGUAGGCCAGGGGUUCACAUGCCAAGAGAGAGAAGACGAAGAGUAGGAGGACCAGAGGGGACGCACUCAGGGCAAUUUGAGUCUGGAGCACGCAGCAUACACUCUUAAAGAAUGCCUGGGAUUUAAGAACCUGUGGAUGAGGACAACGCUGGAAUACCUCAGAAUUUGGGAAUAACAGAACGGACAGACAGACGGACGCUGAGCGCCAAGGAUGACGAGCGCUGUCCCGGCCAGGAAGCCGUACCGCAAGGCUCCGCCUCAGCACCGCGAGACACGCAACAGCCUGCCCUUGUUUCGAGAGGACCUUAGUGGGAGCACACCGCCUGCGCCUGCCCACACCACGGGCCCCAACCCGCCCGACCCCUGCCAGGACUCCUUAUCAGAUGCAGACAGGAUCAAGAUCCUGCAGCAGCAGAAUGAAGACCUGCGCCGGCGGCUCUCCCACACCACCCACAAGAUGGAGGCCAUCGAGACUGAGUUUGAGACCAGCCGCCACUACAUGCAGGAGGAGAUGGGUCGCACGCGCGACGACCUGGAAAAGAUGAGAGACAAGUUCCGCAGACUGCAGAACAGCUACACUGCCUCCCAGCGGGCCAACCAGGACCUGGAGGAGAAGCUUCAUGCCCUGCUCCGUAAAGUGGAGAGGGACAAGAAGACCAUGGACCUGGAGAUAGUGGAGCUCACCAACAAACUCCUGGAUGCCAAGAACACCAUUGACAAGCUGGAGGAGUUGAACGAGCGCUAUCGGCAAGAUUGCAAUUUGGCUGUGCAGCUGUUGAAGUGCAAUAAGUCCCAUUUCAGAAACCACAAGUUUGCAGAUCUGCCCUAUGAGCUGCAGGACAUGGUGAACAAGCACAUGAAGGCCAGUCUGCCGGAUAAGAGUUCCCAGGGAGCCCAGGGCCAGGACUCUGACACCAUGAGCCUGACGCCCGCCGACGUGGUGCCCACCUCCGUCAUUGCCCGCGUCCUGGAGAAGCCUGAGCCUCUGGUGCUCAACUCUGCCCAGUCCAGCAGUAGCUCAGGCCGGCCCCAGGCAGAGGACGUGUUUGUGCAUGUGGACAUGACGGGGCCCCAGGCAGGAGAAGGGGGUAGAGAGAACGGGGGUCCCGGUCACAGCAGGAGGGCCCCAGCCCAGAGCAGCCAGGCCCAGGAGCUCCUCCAGCAGAACGGCAUGUGUCGGAGCCAGAGCAGCCUGUCAGCAGACGGCCAAUCAGGAGAGGAGGGUAGAGAGGGUGGGGCCUUCGAGAAGCUCAACCCCUACCCAGCCCCCCCUCCGCCCCACCCCCUAUAUCCCGGCCGCAAGGUGAUAGAGUUCUCCUCGGACGACAAGGUGAAGAUCCCCAAGAACAGUCCCCUGCCCAACUGCACCUACGCAACACGCCAGGCCAUCUCCCUCAGCCUGGUGCAGAACGACGAGGAGAACGAGCGCCAGCGCACCGUGCCCAACAGCCCCGCCGUGUCGGACGGGGGCUGGGGAUCUGGGGCUUCCUCCUCCUCAGGGGGAGGCAGGCAGCGUGACCCCUGCCGCACCCCUACUCAGCUGGACACAGCAGAACCCCUCUCCAGCCAGUCCAGCCCCUUCAGCAGCCCCCCUCAGCCCCCCAGCGCCUUUGCCAGCUCAGGUAGCUCCGAGGAGGACCUGCUGGCCAAUUGGCAGCGCAUGUUUGUGGAGAAGAUGGCCCCAUCCUCUGAGGGCACCCUGGUUAACCGCACCUCCUUCAGCAGCGAGACGGUCACGGACCUGGAGAGGACCCGGACCGGCAAGCCAGUGGGCGGGGGGUCCGACAGGGGGGCCUACUCGGACGGGGAGGAGGGGUCCUCCACCCACAGCUGGACAGCAAGCCGAGAGUCCAGCCUGGACACUGACACCAGCAGCAUGGCUGACCUCCGCACCAGGAGGGGACAUUACGGAGCAGACUUCUCCACCGAGGAGAGCGAGCAGCUGCUAAUGGCCCUGGACUCACUGGACAACGACCAAGACGACGCCAGUGGCGACACCGUGUCAACGGCCAUCACCAUAGAGACCAGCCCGGCGGAGGCCAAGAGGAAUGAUUUUGUGGAGGAGACUGGGUCUGUAGGCAGCUCUGCAGAGGAGAGAGACAUCCUGCCCCAGGAUUUCCCCGUCAUAGUCCCCCGGGUCCUGGCAGGGCUAGAGGACUACACAGAGAACACCCCUCCCCUUCCCGCUAACUCCUCCACUUCCACCCCCGGCCGACCCCUGAAGAGUCCAAAGAGGAUGGGAGUCCACCACCUGCACCGCAAAGACAGCCUGACCCGGGCACAGGAGCAUGGUAACCUGCUGGACUGAGACUAGGGGACUUUCUCCUCUCACUUCAUCUGUCGUCUCUUCUCUGUUCUGUGGACUCUUUAUCUUACCAGCAAAGAGAGAGAUGAUUCGUGUUGGUCCUUUCUUUGUCCGUGCUGCUGUCUCUCAUGAGUUUAGUCAGGAAAUACACACAUUCUCUACUAACCACAUUCAAGAGCUGACUAUUCUUUAGAGAUAUGUGCAAUGCCUGGCUUCCAGUUGAACUGUAAAGUUUGCAGCGUUCUUUCCUUUGUUUGCCACUGUGAACUGUGAGCUGCAAUAUCCUCCAGUAGCAGAACAAAGUGUCCUUCAGGGGUUUCUGAAUGAGGUUAGUUUUCUGUCUCUCAAACACUCCAAAACUGUUGCAGAGAGGAGAAUGGCGACUACAGGAUAUAGCCAUACACGGUCAUUUCCUGUGUGUAAACAUCCAGCCAGUGUGUGUUCUCAUGGAACAGCCCAGAUGGAGCAACGUUUCAUCUCAUCACUUGAGAUGAUCGGCGAUAUGCAGGAUGGAUGGAGUUGUUGCCUUCUCCCUUGUUUGUUCUCUUUUGCCCUGGAUUCCCCCAGGCAUCUGAUAACAUCAGAACUUUCCCUCCAUCUUUGAAUGGACGAAUGGUGGAGAGUGCGAGCACUUGCAAGCACAUGCUGUUGUCUGGUGUGAGUGGAUGGUGGACCUGACCCCCACACAGACUCUCAGUGCCUAUCCCUCUUUGUCUGAGGGGGGUUUCUAACCCCCCCAAAUCCCAGAAAAUAUUGGUUCUGAUGCCCCUCUGAAGCACCCACUCUUAAGGGCUCACUUCUCUGUAAUUGGUCAACUACACAAGAACUAGGAAGGUCACCCUCGAUGAAUUCCGGAAAUUGUUGGUCUCACUCCAAAGUUUAUUUUCUCGAUAACAAAAAUACAAUUUUCAUUGAUUUUUAAUUGUUUGAUUUUAUUUUAUAUUGUCUUUCUAUAAUUGUAAGUGUUAACAUUUUAUUUCUUCAAUCGCUUCUUCAUUCAAAUAAUGUAGAUUUUGACAUUUAGAUUUUUAUGCAACUAUUUUAUGGCUGAGGUCUGGAGAUAUUAUGAUGUUGAUGAUCGAGAACAGUCAAAGUAUUUAUAUUCUUUCACUUCUGUUCUGUUAUUGAUCUGUCAUUGGAUUUUGUCAUCAAUGUAUUUUCAUUUCAAGAAACAAACAGGCCGAUAGUUCUAUUGUUAACUCUAGUACUUUACAUGGGGUAUUGCAAAGGAAGACCCAAAUGCCAUGAAACAUGGUGUCAGUACUUUUCAGAAGAACCAAGACAUCCUUCUCAAGGCAUUUUUGUGGACGUGUUUUGGAAGUAUUCACUGGGUUCUGGGGGGAGAAGAAUUAUCCUUGAAGAUGCCUUCAAUUCUCAUUGUGUGCCACUUCUGUUAGCAAUGUAUUCAGUAACAACAACAGUAUGUGUCUAGAACAUCUAAGUGACAAGGAAUAAUCGAAGGCAAAAGACCUGCAUGGUAUGACUGGGCUGGUUGAUGAGAUUUUUGGUAUUUCUUUACCGUUGACAAUUUCCUGAACAGGAAAGUAUUUUUAUUGGUGUAUUACUCAGUCUCCGUUGUGGUGGUUCACAGAGGAUGUCAUACCGGUAACUAGUAAACUGUGAAGAGGAAAAUUAUUUUGAUAUGUUUUCUUCUGUUCAGCCAACCUUUUAUGUAUUUCAUCAGUUUGCUUAUCAGAUGUCCCCACUCCUAGAUAUUCUGGUCUAGAGAGUUCAGAUCAAUUGGCCCUUUCUAAAUACAAUACCUAAUCUGGAAUGUAAUCAUGGCUUUACAGUAUGUAGCGUUUAUAUUCGCUAUAGGUCCAUUUUCAUCUACAUGCUUUUGUAUGGAUAGGGGAUAUUGAUUCAUUCAAGAGAUUAUAAUUUUUGUGAUUUUAUGGAUUGAUUUUUGAUUGUGUGCAUGUUUUGGACUUUCAUUUGGUCCAGUAUAUUCAAUUGACUUAUCGUUCUGUAUUCAGCGAUGUUGAUUUUAUGUCUUAAUUGUAAUCCAUAAAAUGUGUUCCGCAUCAGACAUUCUCUAUGUAGCUUUAGUACAGGAUGAUUGACUGAGGCAAAAGUCUGCAUUUUCAUUUAUGUCAUUGUUGGCCUUUCUAAUGGCUUCUUGAUUGUUUGGUUAUGAAGUCUGAUACAGUCCUGCUGUUUUAUUGAUCCCAGAUUGACAGCUCACAGUGAAAGCUCUGCAGCGGCCUUCAGUAUAAGGCAGUAAUCCAGUAUGAAGUCACACGCCUCAUGCAGUGUUCUUAACCCUCCAAAUCAGACUCUAAGCCAUCUGGUUGUUUUGUUCAUGCCACCCUCUAUGGGCUGAUGACAGUGUAAUAUCAUAUCCACUGCAUUCGGAAAGUAUUCAGACCCCUUCACUUUUUCCAAAUUCUGUUACAUUACAGCCUUAUUCAAA